AUGGAUUUGUGUGAAAAAAAGGUGUUGCUACAGAUUGGCUCUGUUGGAAUAUGUGGGUCUGACAUUAAAUAUUGGAAAUAUGGAAAAUGUGGUAUAUUCAAUUUGGAAAAGCCGAUGGUUAUGGGACAUGAAGCCAGUGGUACAGUAGUGCAGAUUGGACCUGGUGUCAAACAUUUAAAAGUGGGCGACAGAGCUGCUAUUGAGCCUGGAGUACCUUGUCGUACCUGUAGGUUGUGUAAGUCUGGAAAGUAUAACUUGUGUAAAGACAUUUUCUUUUGUGCCACUCCCCCGGAUGAUGGAAAUAUAUGCCGGUUCUAUAAGCAUGCAGCUGACUUUUGCUUUAAGCUGCCUGACAAUGUAUCUCUAGAAGAAGGAGCUUUACUUGAACCAUUAUCAGUAGCUGUGUAUGCUUGCCAGAGAGGAAAUGUUACACUUGGCUCAACUGUACUUAUAUGUGGUGCAGGUCCUGUUGGCGUUCUAACACUAUUGGCUGCAAAACAUAUGGGUGCUUCAUGUGUUGUGAUAACAGAUAUCGAUGAAGAAAGACUUGAUUUUGCACGAUUAAAGGGAGCCGACCAUGCGAUAAAAGUAAACACGAUUGAUCCCAAGGAAUUUGCUGAGUUUGUUAUCGACAAGGUCGGCUUUCAGCUUGAUGCUACGAUAGAAUGUAGUGGAACAGAUUUCAGUUUUUCAAUGGGUAUUCAUGCAACAUACCCAGGAGGGAGUGUGGUGAUGGUUGGUCGUUGUCAGGGUAACACAUCUAUUCCUUAUAAUAUAGCAGCAACAAAGCAAGUUGAUAUAAAAGGACUAUUCAGAUAUGUUAACUGCUAUCCUACAGCAUUAUACAUGGUAGAGAGUGGUAAGAUAGAUCUUAAAGACUUUGUGACGCACCGUUUUGACAUGACUGAAACUGUUAAGGCUUUUGAAACUGUCGAUGAUAAAGCCACGAAAGCCAUUAAAGUCAUUAUCAAUUGUAAUUAAAAUACUUAAAAU